AUGUUCUCCAGAGGACUCCGCGUCGUCUCAAGGCGAGCCGCCAUGGCCGCUCCCCUCGCCAGACCAACUCUCGCCCCCCGCCAGCUCGCUCCCAUCGCAUCCAUCGAGGCCCAGCGGUCAUAUCACGAAAAGGUCCUGGACCACUAUGCGCGACCGCGCAACGUCGGCUCCAUGAACAAGGGCGAUUCUGACGUCGGCACCGGCCUCGUGGGCGCUCCUGCUUGCGGCGAUGUCAUGAAGCUGCAGAUCCGCGUCGACCCCGAGACACAGAAGAUUUCCGAGGUCAAGUUCAAGACUUUUGGCUGCGGCUCAGCCAUUGCUUCCAGCAGCUACCUGACCGAGCUUGUCCGCGGCAUGAGCCUGGACGACGCUGGCAAGGUCAAGAACACUGAGAUUGCCAAGGAGCUGUGUCUGCCCCCCGUUAAGCUGCACUGCUCCAUGCUUGCUGAGGAUGCCAUCAAGUCGGCGAUUUCCGACUACUACACCAAGAACCCCUCACGGAAACCCACCGACCUGAGCGGCACCAGCAUGAAAAUGCCCACUGCCGAGGCUGUUGCGGCCUAG